UCGACGUCUAGCACGCACCCACAUCGUAACCUGUAUAUAUACGCCUCCCAUGAGAUCGCAGGUUCAGGAACUCUCUCACUGCACGCACUAGUGGGAGAGAGAGCUCCAACCCGGCCAUGGAAGCCCGGCUGCACUACUCGAGGCCGCUCCUACUGCAGCUGGAGAGCCCGGCGUCCGCCCCCGCGACGGCCGGCGGCGCCGUUGUUCCGGACGCUCGAUCGGUCCCGGCGCCAGACUCCUUCGAUUUCCUCAACGACAACACGAUCCUUGUCCUGGCGGCGCUCCUCGUCUACGGCCUCGUCGCGGCGCUCGCGCUCCGCGCCGUGCUCCAGUGCGCGCUCCGCGUCACGCGCCGCGCGUGCCGGCUCCGCAGCGGAGGAGCCGGCGGCGGCGCCCCGGAGCAGGACGACCCCGGGCACGGCGCGGGGCAGGCGUCGGCGGCGGCGAGGCGCGGCGGGAAGCAUCAGCAGCAGCGGCCGCCGCGGCGGGAGACGAAGCUGGUGCGGGCGCUGCCGUGCCUGGCGUACUCGGCGGGGGUGGCGCGGGAGCUGGCCGGGUCGUCGCGGUCCGAGUGCGCCAUCUGCCUCGCGGCGUUCGCGCGCGGGGAGGCCGUGCGCGUGCUGCCGCGCUGCGGCCACGGGUUCCACGCGCGCUGCAUCGACCGGUGGCUCGCGGCGGCGCGGCCGACGUGCCCCACCUGCAGGCAGGCGCCGUUCGACCAGACCACCGCGCUCCUGCAGCCGGCGGCGGACGGCCUCGAGCCGGCCGUCGUCGACGUGCCGCUGGUGCGCGUGGUCCUCGUCGGCGAUCACGUGGCCCGCCUUGUGGAGCCGUCGCACACUACUCGCGCGCGGGUCCGUUAUUAGAUGGUGCUUAUGCAUACUGUCAGUCUGACAAACCUGUUUCGUUAAGGAUUGCGUCUCCGCGUUGGGUGUUCUUCUACAUCUUAUGUACAUGUUCUCUUUUAUAUUGACUAGCAUAGGUCCCGUACGUUGGUGCGGGUUUUAAUUCGUUCCAACAGUGUCAUUUGCUGGCUC